AUGGACGCUGCAACCGGGAAACUCCAAAAAUCUUUAGCACGUUUCAAGGAGAGACACGUGAACUCGAAGAAGUACGACUCUGCCGUUGAGCUUCUUUAUCAAAGUUCCAAGAUCUUGAUGGAGUUUGGCAAGUUCGACGAGGCGUGCGAUUUGGUGCUGUAUAUGAUAGAAAUCUUCGAGCAGGAGGACAAGCCGUUGGACGAGUUCAAGAAAACCGAUCUUAGCAAGCUGGUUGAGCUUGUGAACGUGAUUCCAGACCAAGAUGCAAACCUGUCGAACCUGGCCAAAGAGAUUUCCAAGUUUUCGACGAAAAAAAGCGGUUCUGAGGCUGGGUUCCCUGCAUUGAGUUUUGUCAUUGGAUCAAAGCUCUACUAUAGCGGUUCUGUGGACCUGAUCAACGCCAGUGAACACUAUCUGCUGGCCAGCGGGAACGCAGAGAGCUUGGAAUUGCUGGUUGAUUUGGAAUUCGGGGCCUAUUUGCUGGACGAGGUGGACACUUUUGGAUUGUACUUGGCUAGACUGGUGAUUCCUUAUCUGAUCAGUGGAAACCUUGACUUUGCAAGCCAAUCUGCGUCGAAGCUGAUUGCCAAACUCGAGACGUCGCCGAGAUCGGCCAGCUUCGCGUUCGAGACCGUCAAGAACGUGAAAGUGCUCGAACUUAAGCCGUCCAACGAUCUACAGGACUGCUACGGACUGGUGAACUUUUUGCAACUCCUGGUGGAGGUGUGCGAACGCUCCAGCGCGGAAAAUGCCUCCAAUUUCAAACUACUGGUCAAUAGAUACAUGCAAAUGCUGGAAAGACACGGUCUGGCAGCCAAGGUGAACACGAUCGGCGAGUCGUAUUUCGGGGUCUCUGUGGUGCAAAAGAGCUCUAACAUGUUGCAGGAGAUGAUGUCGGGUCUGCUGGGAGGCGGCGGCAACCGCAGCAUUCAGUAA